GCCGGCCGAACUACAGACACAAAGACACAAAGACAAAGACGGAGAGAGAGAGAGAGAGAGAGAGAAAAGGCACCCAGCAGCCGCGCGUAGCGGGAGUGACAGCUACGUAGCUGACAGUCCACAGAAACCAUAGCUCUGUGUGUGUGUGUGUAUACGUGAGAGAGAGAGAGAGAGAGAGAGAGAGAGAGAGCUAUGGCGCUGACGGCUUGCGCGUUUGCUUCGGCUCCCACCGCCGCGAAGGCGGCGGUUUCGUUGGGAGCUGCUGGUUCCGCCGCUGCCCUCCAGACACCGCAGAACCGCGCUGUCGCCUCAGCAUCGCUGCCAUUUGUCGUCGACUCCCGCGCUUUCUCUCGACAGCCAUCGGCGCGCUUUGGAAAGGCGGCGCCGUUCCCGUCGGCGAUCCCGAGAAACGCCGAGUCUUCAUGGAAGCUUCAAAGGAGAAGAGUACUUGUGAGAGCGCAGGCUGAUGACUCAUCUGAGUUGACGGAUCAGGCAGAACAACUACUCAAGGAUCUGCAGGCAAAGUGGGAUGCUGUGGAGGACAAAACAUCAGUUGCCGUUUAUGGUGGAGGUGCUAUUUUCGCGUUGUGGUUUUCAUCAACAAUAAUUGGUGCCAUCAACUCCGUUCCUUUGCUGCCAAAGGUCAUGGAACUUGUUGGAUUGGGGUACAGCGGAUGGUUUAUUUAUAGAUACCUUCUAUUUAAGGACACGCGGCAAGAGUUGGUGAGUGAGAUCGACGAGCUCAAGGCAAAGAUCACAGGGGCGUACGGGAAGGACACGUCAACGUCAGCUCUGGAUGAAGAUUAGAUAGCAGUGCAGAAAACCAGGGAUGGAAGUCCGUAUGCGGUUAAAAUGAGGAAAAAACAAUUUCUAUUUCAGGAAAUAUCUGAGGCGUUGCCAAUUAUAGUUUGCUUAUGUCUACUUUUGUUUGCGUGUUGGCGAUUUUGUUGAAUUUCUCUUCUCAGCGUUUCUACAUGUUUCUCUCCCAACCUCACAAGUCACAUUGUUUCCAUGUCAGAGCAAUACCAUGAUAAUGAUUAUAUC